AAUUGAGGUUAUGAAGUUAUGUUUUUAUUUGAGUUAAAUUUCGAAGAAUUAUAUGGGUUUUAUUGAAAAUGAGCUCGAAGAAAUUAAAAAAUUGGCCGAACGAAAAAUUCCAUCUUGUAAAUUGGUCUGUUGUGUUAAAACGAUGGUUCGAGCUGAAAUAAAAUUCACAGAGUACAAGAAGAUCGUCGCUUGCAUGCAAUUUCCCAAGAACUAUCCGGAAUCUACACUACUUAUCGAACUCAAAAGUAAGACGUUGUCCGAGAAGCUAAUACAGGGGUUAACUAAUGUAUGCGAAACCGAAGCAAAAAAGCAUCUCGGCAGACCACAAAUAAUGCUGACUUUAGCGUUUCUUCAAAACUUUCUAAUUGAGAAUCCGCUGUCUUGUUGUCAUAGUGAGAUUGGUAAUAUAAAAAGACUAUUAGUGGACGGUGUGGACGAGUUAAAACUAAAACAGAAAUCUUCCAGUAUUUUUUUAAGUAUUGUGCAUGCGAAUUACUUUUGGAAUGUUAAGUUCUUUGUACCGGAUAAUUAUCCAGUACUAGCCAUUGAGUUAAAAAAUGCCGAAACCAAUUUGCCACCGACGCUGCGACAUCAUAUAUUUGAGCAAGGACGGGAGAUGGCACGACAGUGUGUGGAGCCCCCAUUGAAAAAACCGAAACCAAACGACCCGCCUUUCAAACCUCAACCUUCCCUCGAGAAAACCGCAUGUUUUUUCAUAAACUACGUGAAACAGUUACCCAGCCAAGUUUGUCAGUUUUGUAAGGAGCAAUGCUUACCGUCCGAUCCACAACUAAUCGAGAAAAAUGAAGAGUCGCCCCGGCAUCUGGAGCGUAUCUUCUGCGGCCACCUGUUUCAUCAAGAAUGCCUGUUUAAUUAUUUAAAGACGCCUCCCUUCGGUAAUAAAAGGUGCGGUAUUUGCGGGGAGAAAAUAUCUCAUCAUAAGUGGAGCUUGUCAGAUAAAUUGGCGGAAAAUCGAUGGGCCCAUGAACAGGCCAGGGAAAGGGAGCUGGCCGAAGUUGAAGACUUUUUCAAUUGAGCAGAUGUUUUUAUUGACCUAGUUUUUUAUUAUUAAGUACUUAAUGUAUAAUAUUUAUUUAGAGUACACUAUUAUAUUGAAUUAUGAACUGAG